AUGAGGUAUUGGCAGAAGACGUUAAACACUUUUAUCUUUCCUUUUUUCGUUCAUUCCUUCCUUCUUUCUUUCCCUCUUUCUUUCUUUCUUUCUUUCUUUCUUUCUUUCUUUCUUUCUUUCUUUCUUUCUUUCUUUUUGGGUGAACCCCUUAACACUUUAUUUGGUCAUUUUCAUUUUUCUCACUUUUUUAUUGGCUUUCUUUCUUUCUUUCUUUCUUUCUUUCUUUUCCUUUUUCUUUCUUUCUUUCUUUCUUUCUUUUCUUUCUUUCUUUCUUUCUUUCUUUUUCUUUUCUUUCUUUUUUCUUUCUUUCUUUCUUUCUUUCUUUCUUUCUUUACCUUUUUUCUUUCUUUCUUUCUUUUCCUUCUUUCUUUCUUUCUUUCUUUCUUUCUUUCUUUCUUUCUUUUCCUUUUUUCUUUUUAUUUCAUUUCCUCUUCUUCGAACCCAUUUUCUUUUUCCAUUAUUCUCUUCUUCAAGCCAUCUACUCCGUCAAUUUUCUUCUAUGAUUUUUCUUCUUCAAAUAUUCCUCCCUUUCAGUUUUGCCUUUUCCUCUUUCUUAGACUUUUUUCUCUUUAUUUUUAUUUCUUUUUUAAUAUUUUCUACAUUUUCCAUUUUGAUUUUCCGCCAUUUUAUUCUUUAUCUUUUUCUUACUUCUUUUAUAUCAUCUUGUCUUUCUAUCCAUUUCCAUGA